AUGUCUGACCAUCAUGGGCAUGGAUGUCACGAUGAACAUCGAGAUGGACACUCUCAUUCUCACGAAACUCCACUGGAGGAUAUUCCCCGUGAGACGCUCUGGGGAAUCGUGGAUCACCAGAACGUCUUGGCUUUCAAUGUAACGGCUCAGAAUAAUAUCAUCAAACCGUGGGAAGAAAGAAAUGAUGAAACCAUUUUCCUAGAAUCAGAUGCAGAUGACCAGAUGAUGAUAAGGAUUCCUUUCACCGACGCGUCUGCGAAACUGUUGUCUAUUUUGAUCAAGGCGGGUCCUGGAGAGCAAACACCGGCGCGCGUGCAGUUGUUUGUCAACGAAGAUUCAAUGGACUUUGACGAUGUAGCAGGCAAGCAACCAGCCCAAGAGGUUGAAAUACCACAGUCUCGCGAUGUCUGCGAGUUUCAACUCAAGCCAACAAAGUUCGCUAGUGUACGCACCCUGACUGUCUUCGUGCCAGAGGCACAAGGGGCCGAGUCGUGUCGAUUAUAUUACAUAGGUUUCACUGGCUCAUUCGUCAAGAUAUCCAACCAGCCAAUCAUCGCGGUGUACGAAGCCUCCCCUCGUCUGGCAGAUCAUAAAGUUACCGGUAUUCACGAACAACUGGCAAAACAGCAAUUUUAA